AUGGUCGACCUUACAGAAUUGUCAACUUUCGAUAUCACUACGCAACUGACCGUUAUUGGUCGUAAUCCAGACGAACAGAAUGGUUUUGUCAACCCACCGCUAUACAAGGGAUCGACCAUCAUUCACAAGAAACUUUCUGACGUAGAAAGCAUGAAAGGAAGAUUUUUUUACGGGACAGCAGGUUCUCCAACCAUCGCAAAUUUGGAAGAUGCUUGGACUCAUUUGACGGGUGCCGCUGGAACAGUGUUGUCUCCAUCUGGGCUUGGAUCGAUCACAUUGGCAUUGAUGACCCUUGCGAAGGCCGGCGAUCAUAUCCUAAUCACUGACAGUGUCUACGUGCCAACACGUGUACUAUGUGAUGGUUUACUGGCCAAGUUUGGUAUUCAGACCGAGUAUUAUGACCCAUCGGUAGGAGAGGAUAUAGAAAAACUUCUCAAGCCCAAUACAAGUGUCAUUUUCCUCGAAAGUCCGGGCUCAGGAACCAUGGAAAUCCAGGAUAUCCCAGCCUUGGUUUCUAUCGCAAAAAAACAUGGAAUAAGAACCAUCUUGGAUAACACAUGGGCGACACCACUUUUCUUCGACGCCCAUGGGCAUGGCAUUGAUAUUUCACUGGAAGCUGGGACGAAAUAUUUAGGUGGGCAUUCAGACUUUCUCCUUGGUCUAACCUCUGCUAAUCAAGAAUGCUGGCCACUAUUACGGUCAACUUACGAUGCGAUGGCUAUGUUACCAGGUGCCGACGAUUGCCAGCUGGCUUUGCGAGGAAUGCGUACUUUACAUUUAAGAUUAAAAGAGGCAGAAAGAAAAGCGCUAGACCUAGCGGCUUGGUUGGGAAACAGAGAUGAGGUUGAGAAAGUUCUUCAUCCUGCAUUUGAAGAUUGUCCUGGGCACAAGUACUGGUUACGUGAUUACAAAGGUUCCUCUGGGUUAUUCUCUAUCGUCCUCAAAGAUGGAUUUACAAGAGCCGGUCUGGAAAAUAUGGUAGAAAAGAUGAAGAUUUUUCAUCUUGGAUUCUCAUGGGGGGGUUAUGAAUCUUUAAUUACGCCUGUGAAACCAGCCAAACAAAGAAAACCCCAUAACUGGCCUCAUCGCGGUUUUGCUUUACGUAUCCAAGUGGGUCUGGAAGAACUAUCAGACUUGAAAAGAGACCUUGAAUUAGGAUUUGAACGUUUAGCAGCGGAGAUAUCCAUGACCCCGUUACAAAUUUAG